AAAAAAUGAAACACAAGUCAUAUUGAGAAACCAAACUCAAACCCCCGGCGGUAAGGAAAUCAAUGUUGUCGCCGUCGUCUUCCACCAUCAACCAUCACACUCACAGACUCACUCUCCAAGAAGCCAUGCAACACUCCGAUCCCCCACCACAACCACCACCACAACAACCACCACUACUUUCUUCCUCCUCCUCCUUCUCCUCCUCAUUAUUCAAAGACCACCCCACCAUCUUCGCCUCCUCCCUCUUCGCCCUCCUCCUCCUCUUCAUCACCCUCUCCUCCUCCCCUUACUCCUCCUCUCCUCUUCCCUCUCUCUCCUCCGCCACCCGCCCACCCGACCCUUUCCUCUUCCCUACGCGCCAGUCCCACCGCGUCGUCUACCACGACAACAACUCCUCCGAUCCGACACCGCCCUCCUUAGCUUACCUCAUCUCCGGCUCCAAAGGCGACUUGGGCCCCAUCGUCCGCCUCCUCCACGCCACCUACCACCCCAGAAACCAGUACCUCCUCCACCUCGAUCGCUUUGCUUCCGACUCUGACCGUGACAAGUUGGCCCUCAAGGUCAUAUCAGAACCCAUCUUCAGAGCCGCUCAGAAUGUCCACCUCAUCGGUAAAGCUGACAUUGUCUACCCCAAAGGCUCUUCUCCCAUCUCGUUCACUCUCCACGGCGCGUCGAUCUUGCUAAGGUUGUCGGCCAACUGGGACUGGUUCAUUAGCCUCACUGUUAAUGACUACCCACUUCUCAACCAAGACGAUCUUCUUCACAUUAUGUCGUUUCUGCCUAAGGAUCUCAACUUCGUGAACCAUUCGAGUUACAUUGGCUGGAAAGAGGCUAAGAGAUUGAAGCCGGUUAUUGUUGAUCCGGGGCUGUAUCGGUCUGAACCAAAUGUGAUGUUCUAUGCAGCACAGAAGAGGGUGUUGCCUAAUGCUUACCGAUUGUUUACAGGUGCUUCAUUUAAUAUAUUAAGUCGUAACUUUAUGGAGUUUUGCAUUGUUGGCAUUGAUAACCUCCCACGGACUCUGUUGAUGUAUUUUGCAAACACAGCGUCGUCCCUUUCUGACUACUUCCCUACCGUUAUUUGCAACUCCCGGCAGUUCAAUAAAACAAUCUUAAACCAUAAUUUACUAUAUGCCAAUGGUGACACACCCCUUAAAGAGAAGCCACCGCCACACAAUUCCAAUGAUUUUGAUGUUAUGGUUCAGAAUGGAGCUGCCUUUGCCACAGGAUUUCGAUCAGAUGAUCCAAUACUUGACCGUAUAGACAGAGAAAUUUUGAAACGCCAUUGGGGAAAAGUUGUGCCUGGUGGUUGGUGUUUAGGUGGGUUUGGAAAUGACACUUGCUCAGUUUGGGGAGAUGCUGAUAUUUUGAGGCCUAGUCCUAGAGCAAGAUCACUUGAGAAACUGUUAGUUGGUUUGCUCUCAAAUGGUACAUUUCAUUCCCGCCAAUGUAUAUACGAGUAAUCUUGGUUCAGUAGGUUGCCCUUUCACCAUUUGGAAUAUCUUGGCAGAAGAUUACCUGCUAUGGGCAUAUGCUUUCUAGAACACUAGGUCUAUUUAGUUCAGUUUAAGAUUGUUGUAAAAUGUAUCAUUGUGCCGCUAGAGUUGACCAACUUCCAGUUGUACGAGUGAUCUUUCAUUCUUUUCCACUUGCCCUCCACCCCAUUGUUUACAGGAAUAACAGGAUCAUACUGUGUUGAGAAACGGAUGAUUUGAGGAAGUUUGCAUUUCUCUUGCACACGUCAGAGUUGAAAUAAAUGACAUAACACCUUUUGAACUUGAUGUGAGCUCAGAGCUCCAAGUC